UGAUCCAUUUCUAGUUCCUAAAACCUGUCACAAUUCCUUGUUUCGUAAAGUUUAGAUGUCAAAAACAUGUGACAGAAGAGAAAUAUCCAUUGCAAUGUCACAGUACUAGAGUGGCAACGAAAUUAUAUCUGGUCUUUAAAUCUGCUGAAGUAAAGACUUUAAAGCAAACAGGUGACAGGAUCAACAGAAGAGACUGUGCCUCUGGGCGGAGCCAAGACAGGGAAGAAGACAGUCUCCGUCUCCACUUCACCUGCAGGACAGGAGGACGAUAGAGACAGAAAUGAAGAGAGAAAAAAACGCUGGCCAGUCUGGACCAUCGCAAGAACAAGCUAACUGAUAACUGUUUAAACGAAGGAGCAAUGUCUGCUGUAACGUCUGCAUCUGUCUGCUGGACUUUACUGUCUGUCUGCCUCUCGUUUGUCUCUGCAGGCCAGGUAGUCACAUUAGGUCACACAGGAAUGACCAUCACUCUGCCAUGUCAAGUUCCAAGCAACAACAACUCCAUUAUAGCUGUGGAGUGGAGCAGACGUGACCUGGAGCCAGAAUAUGUCCUUCUUUACCGGGACAAUAAGCUUGUUCCAGAUUACUAGCAUCCAUCUUUUAAGAACAGGGUGGAUCUAAAGGACAGAAAGAUGAAGGGUGGAGACGUGUCUUUGAUUCUGAUGGAUCUUACUACUGAUGACGCGGGAGCAUACGAGUGUUACGUGGUCCAGAAAGGAGCGAACCACAGCAAUACAACGAGUCUGGAUGGUUACUACAUCAGCACCACCUACCUGACUGUCUCUCUUCGAAACCACAAUAACAAGAUAGUUGUGUCAGGUGAUAAGUCCACGGCCACUCUAGAAUGUCAAGCUCCAAACAGCAAUGACCCCAUCAUAGCUGCAUUAUGGAUAAGACCUGACCUGAAGCCAGAAUAUGUCCUUUUUUACCUGGAUGAUGAGAUUGAUACAGAUUAUCAGCAUCCAUCUUUUAAGAACAGGGUGGAUCUGAAGGACAGACAGAUGAAGGAUGGAGACGUGUCUUUGAUUUUGAAGGAUGUGACGGCUGAUGACUCAGGACUCUAUGUGUGUUACGUUGACCAGAGAAAAACGAAACUAGCCAGUCUGAAUAUUCACCCCAUCAGAAUCACCUACCUAACUGUUGUUCCUCCAGACCAGAAAAAAAUCACAGUUGAUUCUGGGCGGAACAUCAUUCUGCCAUGUCGAGUUCAACACACCAGUUUCAUGCCUAUCAUUACUGUAGUGUGGAAAAGAGCUGACCUGGGAGAAGAAUGUGUCCUUUCUUACCCGUAUCAGCGAUUUCAUCCAAAAAACCAGCAUCCGUCUUUUAAGAACAGGGUGGAUCUGCAAGACAGACAGAUGAAGAAUGGAGACGUGUCUUUGAUACUGAAGGAUGUGACUACUGAUGACGUGGGAGCAUAUGAGUGUCAUGUGGUCCAGAGCGAAUCGUUCGAUUGGGAGAUAGUCAGUCCGAAAAGUCGCCGCAUCAGCACCAUCUAUCUGAGUGUUGUUCCAUCAAACAAAAAAUUCAUCAUAGCUGUGAUGGGACAGAUGGUCACUCUGCCAUUUCGAGCUCUAAGCAGCAACAACCCCAUAAUAGCUGCAGAGUGGAGCAGAGCUGACCUGGAGCCAAAAUAUGUCCUUUUUUAUCGGGACUACAAGCUUUUUCCAGAUUACCAGCAUGCAUCUUUUAAGGACCGGGUGCAUCUGAAGGACAGACAGAUGAAGGAUAAAGACAUGUCUUUGAUUCUGAAGAAUGUGACGAUUAAUGACACUGGAACAUACGAGUGUUAUGUGGCCCAGAGAGGCGUGAACCGCAGGAAGAGAGCCAGUCUGGAUAGUUACCCCAUCAGCACCGCCUACCUGAGUGUUGUUCCUCAAAGCCAAAAAAACAUCACAGCUGAGUCUGGAGAGAACGUCACUCUGACAUGUCGAGCUCCAAACAAUAUCAUCAUAACAGGUGUAGAGUGGAGCAGACAUGACUUGAAGGCAAAAUACAUACUUUGGUACUGGGAAAAAGAGUUUGUUCCAUAUUAUCAGCAUCCAUCAUUAAAGAACCGGGUGGAUCUGCAAGACAGACAGAUGAAGGAUGGAGAUGUGUCUUUGAUUCUGAAGAAUGUGACGACAGCUGAGAGUGGAACAUAUGAGUGUUGCAUCAUCCAGGAAGUGAGAGAUGGUAGAAAGUUAGACAUUUUAAAGACUGAUCCCAUCAGCAUCAUCCACCUAAAAGUUCUUCCACCAGGUCAGCCAGGAGGGCACGGAAAGGAUGGGACUGUUGGACUGAAAGUUGUUAUUGUGCUGUCUUUGGUUUCUUUUGCAAGUAUAAUCUACUACAUAAAAAUGACACAAAAGGCAGAAGGAGAAAAAAAACGCACAACACAAAUACAGCCAAGCACCAAGGUAGAACCUUUUCUUCGUCCCACUCAUCCCACCUUUCGUUGCAAAAAGCCAGAUGCUCUGAAGACAGACGUGAGUUCACAGUGAUGGGAAUCCAGCAGGAGGUAGUCAGCUGCAAAUGUCUCACACAGCCCUUGUUUGUUUUUUAACAUCUUUGGAGGGUUUCUGGUUUUGAUUGGAAAUGUGUGGGGGUGGGCAUAUUUAGUCUGUAAACAGUUAAAAAUCAAGCAAUAUAAGAAUAUAUUAAAAUGUUUUAAUUGCAAUCAUCAUCAUUUUCCUUUGGGAAAGACUGAAACCUCUGUGGAGGACCUAAAACAUGUUUUUAAUGCAGGGAAAGUAUGGGUCUUUGUGAAGGCUUUUCCAGGUCAUUUCCUUAUCAGGUUUAUUGUUUAUUUCCGUUGAAUGUUUAGCUGUUUAAUGACAGAACAGAAUUAUUUAAAUAAAAGAAGGGAAGGUUAAAUGUAUCAUGUCUUUCAUCAUGUGCAGCUUCUGCUAUUUUGGGUGUUUUCUUAUCUUAAUGGUUACUUUAUAACUUUCCUGUGCAAGCGUCUUUGUCAUUUUUGCUUCCUAAUAAUAAACAGUGAUACUCUA